GAGGAAACAAGGUCAAUUGUAAACAAAGUGCAGUCUCUGGAUUCUUUUAAAAUUAAGUGUGGCCAUUCUUUGUUGUGCUGGAUAUGCUCUUUGUUAAAACAGAAGAGAUGAUUCUUACUGAAAAAAUCUGAUACGAAAGGUGAUAGGUUACGCUCGGAAGACGCGCGGAUGGUGCGCGGUUGAGUUAUUGCUCGGAUUAAUGUUAUGACUGCGCAAGGCGCGGACCUGCUCGGAGCCUAAUGAACGCCAGGGAGCUGCAACGACUGGAGACACUUCUGACCAGGAUGACGCUAGACGAUGCAUAUGACGACGAGGGAACCUUUUCCUGGAGGAUCUCGGAUAUUCAAGUAUCCAGUGUAGGGACCCUAAGCUCUAGCGUGCAGUUAGGGACCGGAAGUUUCCGCUGGUCCCUUCAGAUCAGCAGCCUUGAGAUCAACGCCAACUGGAAUAUGAAAUAUGAUCUAAGCCGCUGGCUCCCCACAGUGAGGGAUAGCGGCAGGCUAUCUGCCAGCAUGGGCCAGUCCGGGAUCACCUUAACCGUACAGCCGGUUGUUGAGACCGGAAGUGUGCAAGUGAUCCUGCGGGGCUGCUCCGCCUCUCUUUCCGGUCUAGAAGUCUUCUUUGAUGGAAGUAUCCUCAGUCAAUUCUAUACGUUGGUCGCAAAUGCUUUCGAAGGCGACAUUCGGCGACAACUGGAAAUUGCUGCAAGUUUGCUACUUUAA